CCGCUGUGGUCCCUAAAUGAAGAUGCCACCAUCCUUGCCUGCCACCAUCAACAUCCAGGAGCCCCGCUGGGACCAGAGCACCUUUCAGGGCCGGGCCAAGCACUUCUUCAUGGUGACCGACCCCCGAAACCUGCUGCUCUCAGGGGCUACACUGGAGGAAGCCCGACGGGUGGUGGAGGACUACAGGGCAGGCACCGUACACCCUGGGCUGACAGAGGACCAGCUUUGGCGGGCAAAGUACAUCUAUGACUCGGCUUUCCACCCUGACACGGGCGAGAAGAUGAUCCUUGUGGGACGCAUGUCUGCUCAGGUCCCCAUGAACAUGACCAUCACCGGUUGCAUGUUGACUUUCUACAGGACCACACCAGCUGUGCUGUUCUGGCAGUGGGUCAACCAGUCCUUCAAUGCCAUUGUCAACUACACCAACCGCAGUGGGGAUGCACCCAUCACCCCCAGCCAGCUGGGAACAGCCUAUGUGAGUGCAACCACAGGGGCAGUUGUCACAGCACUGGGGCUGAAAUCCCUCACCAAGCACUUGCCAGCCAUCAUCGGCCGGUACGUGCCUUUUGCGGCUGUGGCAGCUGCCAACUGCAUCAACAUCCCGCUGAUGAGGCAGAGAGAACUCAAGCUGGGGAUCCCUGUCACGGAUGAGAAUGGGAACCGCCUGGGCGAAUCCACAGCGGCAGCCCAGAAGGCCAUUUUCCAGGUGGUGGUGUCCCGCAUUGGCAUGGCAGCGCCGGCCAUGGCUAUUCCGCCGGUGAUCAUGAACAUGCUGGAGAAGAGAGCUUUCCUGAAGCGGUACCCGUACCUGAACGCUCCCCUGCAGGUCGGCCUGGUGGGACUCUGUCUGGUGUUCGCCACCCCGUUGUGCUGUGCACUCUUCCCACAGAAAAGCUCAAUGCCUGUGAGCAGCCUGGAGCCUGAAGUCCAAGAUCAGAUCCGAAAGAAAGAUCCGUGGCUGGAGACCGUCUACUUCAACAAAGGGCUCUGA